AUGGCGCCGCCGGACGAGGGUGCGGCAGCAGGCGGCGCGCGGCGGUGGGUGCGGCGGGAGACGCUGCUGGGCCUCGCGCUGGGCCAGUUCGUCUCGCUGCUCAUCACCGCCACCGGCUUCGCCUCCUCCGAGCUCGCCCGCCGAGGGAUCAACGCGCCCACAUCACAGUCGCUCCUGAACUACAUUCUCCUCGCUGUCGCCUACGGCGGCGUUCUCCUCUACCGGCGGCAGCCCCUCACGAUAAAAUGGUACUACUACUUAAUCCUUGGAAUUAUCGACGUGGAAGCUAAUUAUAUCGUUGUGAAGUCAUACCAGUACACAUCUUUGACAAGCGUGAUGCUGUUGGAUUGCUGGUCAAUUCCUUGCGUCAUUGUUCUUACUUGGGUAUUUCUGAAGACAAAAUAUGGGUUGAGGAAGUUCCUUGGCGUCGGAGUUUGUGUGGUUGGCCUUAUACUAGUUGUAUUUUCAGACGUCCAUGCCUCUGAUCGAGCUAAAGGACCUAAUCCAUUGAAGGGUGAUCUGUUUGUAAUUCUUGGUUCAAUGCUUUAUGCUUGCAGUAACGUUACUGAGGAGUUUGUUAUCAAGAAAAGCAACAGAGUGGAGUUGAUGGCAAUGUUGGGACUUUUUGGAGCAAUUGUCAGUGGCAUACAAAUUAGUAUACUCGAGCGAAAAGAACUUCACUCGAUUACAUGGACUACUGGUGCUGUGCUCCCUUUUGUUGGAUUCGCAGUAGCAAUGUUCCUGUUCUACUCAACUGUACCGAUAAUAUUAAAGAUAUGUGGCGCAACCAUGUUGAACCUCUCACUCCUGACUUCAGACAUGUGGGCUGUUCUGAUCCGCAUCUUCGCUUAUCAUGAGAAGGUCGACUGGAUCUACUUCGUUGCUUUCGCCGCCACGGCAGGCGGCAUCGUCUUAUACUCAUACAAGGGCUCCAAUGAAGUGGAGCAGACGGCACAGGUCGCCGGGGCCAGCGACGAGCGUGGCAAGGACCGGGACGAGGAGGCUGGAACGCAGAACCCAGUGUGA